UGUGAUUUACACGAUUAGUCAUAAUAGAAAUCGUGCUUUUAAUUUUUGUGCAAUAAUACUUUUUAUUUAUCUUAUAAAAUUAUACUUUAUUGAAAAAUAAAAUCUGUUUACUGAAUUAUUUCAUAGUAUUAGCUAAAUUAAAAUAAAAGUAUUUCAUUAAAAAUGAUUUCUAACAAAGACGAAGAUGAUUAUGACAUACGACCUGAAACUCCUCCUGAGGAAAGUUGUUGUGGCAGUGGUUGUAAUCCUUGUAUUUUAGAUAUUCAUCAAAAGUUAUUAAAACAAUGGGAAGAAAGGAAAAAAAAUAAUGUAAUUAUAGAACCAAUGAGAAAUUUAAUAUCUCCAACCUCUUUUAAUUCUUUUAUAGUUAGUGAUACUUAUAAAGCUUCUCAAGAUUAUAUUUUUAUACGGUUAGAAUAUAAAGAAAGUAAUAUUGACAAUGAUAAGUCUUUACAUCUUGUUCCUGGACAACAUAUUAUAUUACGUUCUAAUUCUAUGUCAAAAGCUUAUACACCUAUUUCUUGGUCAAAUAAAAAUUUAUUACUUCUCGUAAAAGUAUACCCAACAGGCAAAUUUAGUCAGCUUCUAAAUAAUACAAAAAAAAAUGACGAAUUUGAAAUCAGAGGACCAUAUGGAGAUUUUGAAUAUAAGUAUAAUAGUUUUCAGGAAAUCAUUAUGUUCUGUAUAGGCUCUGGAAUUACAGCAGUUUAUUCUUUAGCUAAGAUAAUUGUAGAAAAUGAGAUAGAAGAAACCAGAAUAAAUUUUAUCGCUGGAUUUCGAUCGAUCUUAUGUGUGCCUUUGAAAAAAGAAUUACAAUAUUUAUCAGAUUAUUGGAAUUUUUUAUGUACAUUACAUAUAUCAGAAAAUCUGAUGUCAGAUAGUGACCAAAAUAUUCAUGGUAUUAAUAUUGAAAAUGGGCGUCUAAAUAAACAGUCAGUUUAUAAUUAUCUACAAUCUGGUAAACCAGAAAGAACUUUAAUUUUAAUAUGUGGUACAAAUGAAUUCAAUCAAUCUGUUGAACAAUGGUCAAGAGAAAAUAAUUAUUCUCAUAUACACAUAUUCAAAUAAUAAGAUUUGUUUUUAUUAUUUCGACUGACUUUAAUCGAUUAUUAAAUUAAUUAAUAGGACAGGAUAUAUUUUCUUCACAAUGAGGACAGGUACCAUGUAUGUGACCAAAUGCAACUUGGUUUCCAGCUACUGCUUGUAACCACUGAAAUAAUCAUAUAUAGUUAAUAAAUUAGUACAAAUAA